GUCGGUCUUCGGCCUAGGGAACUGCGUCUGCACCGUGGCUGUAAGGGAAGAGAGGGUGCGUUCCAACAGCCUCCACCGGACGGACCCCGCCACCUCGGUGCCCCCCCCCUCCCCUCCGAUGGAGAUCCUGGACGAGUUCGACAACGAGUUCCCGCUGAGUGUGACCUUCUGCCAGCUCAUCUCGGAGGAGGACUUCGAGAGGCAGGCGGCGGUGCACACGGAGCGCGCGCUGCGCCGCCUCUUCCGCACGCUCGACCGCAACCCCGCGCUGGCCGAGCGGGUCGUGCGCCGGGGCAAGCAGGUCGAGUGCGAGCAGCGUGGGCUCUUCUCCAGCCUCUGGGCUAAGUUCAUCCGUACUGUCCAGGGGGAUCUGAACCAGUGCAACAGCAUGGGAGCCUUGGAGAUGCACCAGCGCUUGGAGCAGAUGAAGAGGCGUAUCCUCCGUGUGCACCUGUACUCCCAGGAAGCCAAGAGGAAGAGAAGAAAGCCUAAACUCAAGAAGCCAGAGCCCAUCCUCUUACAGGACCGGUCCACCUCCCCGUGCCUGUCACCUCCAUCACUGCCUCCACCUGUCAACACCAUGGCCUCUAUGGUGGCCUCAUCACCCCCUGUCUACACUAUGCCUAGGGUCUUUGGUCCUUUCCCUCCUAAGACGAUGGAGAAAUUGGACAUUUCAAGGUCUGAAGUGAAGUUAACAUGGAAUGGCCUGUCAUCAAACCCAAAGAGCCACAUGGUUGAUCUGACCCCCUUGGUCCUCAACCCCGGAGGUUUCCAUUUCUCAUACUUGGCUGGAAACAGUGCACCUAAGCUCCACUGCCCUGGCUUCCCCUGGACCUCGGCCUGUAAUGGAAACCCCAAUACAGGAGAAACUCCACGCCAUGGUGUGAGAGCUUCUAUCUUCUCCCCUCCUGUCCUACUCAAAUUCCAGCCUGUGUCCAAACCCAAAGACGACUCAGAGAAUGACCCUGGCAGUGCAGAGUCCACGCCCCCCAAGAGGAGCCAGUAACCUCUUCCCUGCAGACCACAGCCUGAGGAAUUAAUAAAGUUCCCAUGGAGGUGCCAUCCUUGUGCUGGACUCCCCAGGUGUUGUGUGAUCCAAAGGCUCCUUCUAGCCAUAAGAGGAGCUUGCGGGGGGGGGGGGGGGGGAGGGCACCUGAGUCCCUUAGGCCUGAGCCUGACUGGGUUAGUACUAUGUGAACUUCUCUUGCUUACCUAUAACAUGACAAUUCAGUGAUGUGCACUUUGAAAGGGUAGGGAGUAUUAUCCUACUGUUUAGUGCCUUUCAGGCUUAUUUGGGCCUUUCUUCACUUAAGUUUCAAGUCUACUAUGUUUUUCAUAUACCUGGAUCCAAAACACAAGCCUAUUGGGUGGGUAGGUAUAGAAACUAAACUGUUUUUUUCCCCUGGAGGAAAGUGAAAAGGCCUGUCAUUUUCCAACUUGGAAUUUUUGUCCUAAGGAGUUUCAAAAUAUGUAACUUUUCAUUGUUUUCUUGCAUGCAGGCCUUAGAAUCCAAGAAAUAUGUUGAAAUGUUACUAAAUAAUUGCUUGGUGAU